AUGGGCCCAACAAAUGAUGGUUACAGUGACUCAUUUUUUGAAGCUGUACGCCAAGAUAGAUACGAAGUUGUUGAUGAGAUUUUAAUGAAUUCACCAGAUACAAUCAAUUUGAAGGAUGCAGAUGGGUAUAAUAUCAUUCAGUUAUCCAUAAUGAACCGUGCUGAAAAAGUAUACAACCUUACCUAUCACAUAAUUGAGCGCACAAAGUCUCGUAAGGAAAUGACCGAUUCUUAUGACAAUAAUCUUGGACACUUGGCUGGAAGAUUGGCACCUUCAUUUGUACUCGAUCGUACCACUGGUGCAGCACUGCAACUACAACGGGAUCUUUUAUGGUUUGAGGAAGUGGAGAAGUUGGUGUUACCUUUACAACUUGAGGAAAAGAAUAUAUACAAAGAGACACCAGCAAUGGUGUUCACAAGAGAACACCAGGAUUUGCUUAAGCAAGGAGAAAUAUGGCUGAAGAAAACUGCUGAAUCAUGCAGCAUCACUGCUGCAUUAAUUGUCACGGCAGUAUUUGCAGCAGCAAUCACGGUACCUGGUGGAAGCAAUCAAGAAUCUGGCAUCCCCUUGUUCGAAAAAGAAAUCUUCUUCACUAUCUUUGCUGCAUCCAAUGCACUCUCACUUUUUACAGGCACUACCGCACUUUUACUGUUCUUAUCGAUCCUCACCGCCCGUUCUUCCGAAAAAGAUUUUCGUGUCAUUUUACCAAGAGGGCUGAUUUUGGGACUAUUGACGUUAUUUCUCUCAACAAUUUCCAUGCUGGUAGCCUUUGGUGCAAUCUUGUUCCUUGUCUUUUGUGAUAAAAGACCAUGGAUGCUAGCACAAAUAUGUGUAUCUGCUUGCUUGCCGAUUUUAGUUAUUGUUACAAUAAAACUUCCCCUACUAGUAGAUUUGAUCAAAUCAACAUAUUCCCCCAUUAUUGGUAAGAAAAGUUACCUUGAGUCUUGUAAUGUUAAUCGGAAAAACACAAUAUUUACGUAG